UUCCCCCUCGCUGUUUCACGGCCGCUGCUCGCCGGCUUUGGUGUAGUCUCCGUCUCCGUUCCCCUUCGACUCUGCUUUCGGGAAGAUGGCAGCGAAGAAGCUGGGAUCUCGGUUAGAGACCGAAAUCGAGCGGUGCCGCUCCGAGGGACAAUGGGACCGGAUUCCGGAUCUGGCCAAACAGCUGUCGGCGAAGCCCAUUGCAAACGAUGAUUUAGCUGAGUUGCUGCUGGGUGAAGCCAAGCUUCAGCAAUAUUUGAAGGAAAAUCCUAUAAAACUGGGAGCAAGUCCUCAUGGGACCAAACCAAGGCUUGUGGAGGUCCGGAAGCAUCUGGUAGCUGCUCUUGACAGAGGGAACCUAAAGCCUGAAUAUAUGCAAGAAGCCAAUUUGUUGCUUGCGAAGUUAAACUACAUUGAAGGAGAAUACAGGGAUGCUCUCAGCAUUUACUCCAGAGUCGCUCUUGAUGACCUCCAACUUGUUGGCAUUCCAGUGUAUAGAUUGUCCAUGAUUGCUGAAGCGUAUGCAACUAAGGGGUUGUGCUUAGAAAAAGUGUCGUCGUUGUCACCGGCCAACAGUCGGCACAAGGAUGAAGAGCAGGAAAUCAUUACUUGCUAUGAGAAGUCAGGUGACAUUGCACUGCUGUACCUACAGGAAGUAGAGAAGGCCUUGAGCACCGGAAUGCAGAAUCGUAGUCCAAAGUCUGGCCCUGCUUCACAAGAGCAAGAACUUGGCUUUUUCUUGGAAACUGGACUCCAAAGGGCGCAUGUCAUUUACUUCAAAAAUGGAAAUUUGACCAGAGGCAUUGGUAGAUUCAGAGAAAUUCUGAGAGCUGUUGAGACAAGAACUACACAGAACCUGAGAAUGACCAUUGCCAGGCAGUUGGCAGAAAUUUUAUUGAGAGGUAUGUGUGAACAGAGCUACUGGAAUCCCCUGGAGGACCCCCCUCAUCAUUCUCCGCUUGAUGAUCCUCUAAGGCAAAUCAACACUAAAGAUUAUGCUCUUAGUAGAAGACCAAAGGUGUAUUCUGGAGAAAACAUAUUUUGUCCUCAGGAGAACACAGAGGAAGCAUUGCUUCUACUCCUAAUUAGUGAGUCUAUGGUAAACAGAGAUGCUGUAUUAAGCAGAAUACCAGAGCAUAACAAUGACCGCAUUAUUAGUUUACAGAGUGCAUCUAUUGUGUAUGAUCUCUUAACAAUAGCACUCGGUAGAAGAGGGCAAUAUGAAAAUGCUUGUCUUGAAAGAGCAAUGAAGUUUGUAUUUGAAGAGUUUCAUCUUUGGUACCAGUUUGCCUUGUCAUUGAUGGCUGCAGGUAAGUCAGCACGUGCAGUGAGAGUUCUUAAAGAAUGCAUUCGACUAAAGCCUGAUGACCCAACUAUUCCCCUUUUGGCUGUUAAGUUGUGUAUUGGAACAUUACAUUGGCUGGAAGAGGGAGAGCGAUUUGCAAAACUGGUUAUUGAUAUGGGAGAAAAGGCUUCAGAGUUUAGAGCCAAGGGCUACUUAGCUAUUGGACUUGUGUAUAGUCUAAGAGCAACAGAUGCAUCAUUGCGUGGGGUACAGGAAGAAUAUCAAAGGAAAGCUCUUGGUGCUUUUCAGAGGGCGCAGAGUUUAUCUCCAACAGACCAUCUUGCUGCAUUCUAUUUGGCUCUACAACUUGCAGUUUCUAGACAGAUUCCUGAGGCUUUAGGAUAUGUACGUCAAGCCCUCCAGCUUCAAGGAGAUGAUGUACACUCCUUGCAUCUUCUAGCUCUUCUGCUUUCUGCACAGAAGCACUACCAUGAUGCUCUAAACAUUAUAGAAAUGGCCCUUGGAGAAUAUCCAGAGAAUUUCAUAUUAUUGUUUACCAAAGUGAAGCUGGAAUCAAUCUGUCGAGGGCCUGAUGAAGCACUGCUGACAUGCAAACAUAUGCUGCAGAUCUGGAAAUCUUGCUAUAAUCUCACCAACCCCAGUGAUUCUGGACGGGGUAGCAGCUUGUUAGACAGAACUGUAGCAGACAGAAGACAACUUAACACCAUGACAUUGCCGGACUUUAGUGAUCCAGAAACAGCUUCAGGUCUCUCUUCUUCUAACUCUGGAUCAGAGCCUUCUCUCCACUUUUUUGUAUCUUCACACCAUUCCCCCCAUUCCAAAUCUGAUCCCUCCCUGAAGUUCACCAGUCAUUCUUUGUGUGACCAUACCCAUGGACACCGGGCUUCCCUUUGUAAACCCUCUCUUUUUUACAGAAGCAACCCUCCAGAUGCUUACUUUCAUGGUUUUUACUCCCUUUUUUCAGUUUGUUCGGUUCAUGCCACUUCUAUUGCUGCUUCACGAGUGGAGCAGGCCUUGUCUGAAGUUGCAUCUUCAUUGCAAAGCAGUGCUCCAAAGCAAGGGCCUCUUCAUCCUUGGAUGACUCUUGCACAGAUCUGGCUUCAUGCAGCUGAAGUCUACAUUGGCAUUGGCAAACCCUCUGAAGCCACUGCUUGCACACAAGAGGCAGCGAACCUCUUCCCAAUGUCACACAAUGUACUGUUUAUGAAGGGUCAGAUUGCAGAACUUCGAGGCAACGUAGAUGAAGCCAAGCGCUGGUAUGAAGAAGCACUUUCCAUUAGUCCCACUCAUGUCAAGACCAUGCAAAGACUGGGCCUGAUUCUGCACCAGUUGGGGCGCUACAGUUUGGCUGAGAAGAUUUUGCGAGAUGCGGUGCAGGUGAAUUCCACCGCCCACGAUGUCUGGAACUGUCUGGGUGAGGUCCUCCAGGCCCAAGGAAACGACGAUGCUGCCACUGAAUGCUUCUUAACUGCGCUGGAGCUGGAGGCCACUAGUCCCAUUCUCCCUUUCACCGUCAUUCCCAGGACACUCUGAGUGAGAAUUUGUCUCCUAAAAGUCAAUGCGCCGUGGCUGGAGAAAUGGCUUCUUCCUAAGCCAAUCACUGUACAGAGAUCAUUAUUCUGGAGGCAGACUCUUUUUUGGUCUCCAAGAAUUUUGUGAAUACUAUUUGUGCUAUUAAAUGAAUGACAAAAUAAAAACAUAGGUAAGACACGUAAAUGGCACAUACUGUGACACUCUCCCGUAGGCUGCCGGGGAUCUUCUGGUGCCACUUACAUUAGAAGGGUAAUCGCUUGUCUGUUUUUGUCCUAAAAUGUAAGCAUUUACAGUAAGUAAAAAAAAACAAAACAACGUUGUCUUAUUACCAUUGGCUAAAAGAAGAUUUGUUCUAAAAUUGAAAGAAAAAUGCAACGAUUAUGAUCUGAAGUGUUAUCGAUUAGUGUGUACUUUCAAAUAUCCCCGAUGCUCUUAAUAAACUCGGGUAUUACGGCGCCGAGAUCCUUCAUCCAUAACGCCUGAACUGUGAAACUGAAGAGCCACAGACCUUAGUAUGUGACAUUCAGAACAAGCAACCCAGUUGCAAGUGAGAUGUGAAGAAUUACUGCUAUGCAAAAGCUGGGAAUAAAGAGACAACAACCCAGAGGAAAUCUUUACGGCCGCAAGUAGGCACAGCUGUGACUCGGCCGUCAGUGAUUUAUCUUGUGAAGUUUUUAAGUCAGCCAUGAACACUGCUGCUGCUCCAGGUGACACCCUACAACACGUGUUGGUCCAGGUUUGUGCUCAAUCGUCUUUUCUUUUCUUUGGUUUUGUUUCGUUUCUGUUUUAUUAGAGCAUUUGCUGUAUUUGUAUAUAAUGCAUACCUUAUAUGUACGUGUGUUUUGUCGGGUUCAGUUACAGGUUUUUUUGAUAAAUUUGUGUAAAUCAGAAGGAUCAUAUUUUUGUCUUGUAUACUUGUCAUUGACUUAUUUUUUAAUUAAUAUUUUUGAGUAGAAGAGUCCAUGUUGUAUAUAUAUAUACAUAUAUAUAUACAAUAAUUUAUGCUGUUACCAGUUCUUCAACUCCUUUUAGUAAACAUCCACAUAGAUGAACCUGUUACAGAUCUGAAGAGAGAUGCCAAAAACACCAACGACCAACUUCGAAAUGGAUGUAUUUGUGUGCUGUACUGUAGAGUCCGGUAAACCGGAUUAUUAUACAAAUGUUUUUUUAAAUGGCAUUAUGUCUUAGUGAUUAUGUUUUUUUCAGCAUAGUUAGAAGAGCAUUAUUUUAGUCAAUUAUCUUUUACUGUGAUUUGUGUUACCAAUAUAUGUCUUUGUUAAAUCAUGAUAUGUAUAUUAUGUUGUUUAUUACAUACUUGAAAAGCAAUGUUUAUAAUUUUAUCUUUUGAAAAAGAGACAUUAUUUAAAGUGAAUAUUUAAACAGGUAAUGUUGGCGACAUUCCAGAACUCCCAAAUUCUGCCUAUAAAUGGAGUUGAACCCACUUGUACUUCCAUUGACCGAAGGGGCCGUAAUGCACUUACACCCGUUUUAAUCGAAAAAAGUGCUCACUUGUGAGGGUAUCCAGCGAAAGAAUGUAACCUGAACUUCUAUAAUAAAACAAUAGUUGUUAA